AUGCGUACCUCAUCCGCCAUCAUUGCCAGCUUCGCUGCUCUCGGAGCUGCUGCUCCAGCAUUCCCCCGAGGACUGCCUCUCGACACCGCCGCUCUUCCCAACGUUCCAGCCGUCGGCAACGUAGUUCCCCAACUCCAAGGAGUUGUUCCCGCCGAUCUCCCAGUCAAGCGCGCUAUUGGUGACCUUGCUGGCGGCCUCCCAGUCGUUGGUGGCCUUGCCGGUACCGCUGAGGGUGUAACCUCUGGUCUUCCCGUUGUUGGUGGACUCAAGGGCGCUCUUCCCGUGCGCGCUGUUGCUGACACCGCUGAGGGACUUGUCGCCGGUCUCCCAGUCGCCGGCGGCCUCGCCGGUACCGCUGAGGGUGUCACCUCUGGUCUUCCCGUUGUUGGUGGACUCAAGGGUGCUCUCCCUGUCAGGCGUGGCGCCACCGAGAGCGCUCAGGCUACCAUCGAGGAGGCCAUCGCUUCCCUCACCUCCCUCCUGAACAAGGCCAAGCGUGGUCUUGUCAACGUCCCAGUUGUUGGCGAGAACGAGAUCCUCAAUAACGCCGACGUCAAGGCUGAUGUCAAGAACGUCGUCUCCGACGUUGGCGGUGUUGCCAACCACAAGCGCGGUGACGACCUCGUCAACAUCCCCGUCCUCUCUGAGAACGAGAUCCUUAACAACGCCGACAUCAAGGCUGAUGUUAAGAACGUCAUCUCCAACAUUGGUGGUGUUGCUAACCACAAGCGCGGUGACGACCUUGUCAACAUCCCAGUUCUCAGCGAGAACAACAUUGCCAACGACGCAAAGGUCGACGCUAAGCUCAACGACAUCAUCUCUAACAUCGGCGGCAUCGCCAACGACAAGCGUGGUGAUGACCUCGUGAACGUCCCCGUCAUCGGCGAGAACAACAUCGCCAACGACGCAAAGGUUGACGCAAAGGCUGACAACAUCAUCUCCAACAUUGGCGGUGUCCUCAAGCGCAGCAUCCUCAACCUCCCCGUCAUCGGCGAGAACGACAUCCUCGAGAAGCCCGACGUCAAGGUCAACCAGCCCCGUGGUGACAUCAACAUCCCCAUUGCCUCUGACAACGACAUCCUCGACUGCGCUGACGCUGUUGCUGAUGUCUCUGAUGUUGUCUCCAACGUUGGUGGUAUCCUUAACAACAAGCGCGACCAGCUCGUCAACGCCCCUGUCAUCGGCGAGAACAACGUUGCCAACGACCUCAAGGCUGAUGUCAAGGUUAACGAUGUGAUCAGCAAGGUCGGUGGUGUUGCUAACGGUGUCCACGCUCGCGGUGAGGACCUCGUCAACGCCCCCGUCAUUGGAGAGAACAACAUUGCCAACGACCUCAAGGUUGACGCUAAGAUCAACGAUGUUGUUAGCAACAUUGGCGGCGUUGCCAAUGGCCUCCACGCUCGCGGUGAGGACCUUGUCAACAUCCCAGUUCUCAGCGAGAACAACAUCGCCAACGACCUGAAGGUCGAUGCCAAGAUCAACGACGUCGUCUCCAACAUUGGUGGUGUUGCCAACGGUGUUCUUGCCCGCGGUGACGACCUUAUCAACAUCCCAGUCGUCAUCAGCAACGUCGGUGGUGUCGCUAACGAUGUUCUCGCUUAAGUGGUCAAGUUUUGCUUAACGGGUUUGGUCAGGUGUCUCGUUUGUACAUAGCAUAGUUCUUGGAGUUAGUUACGUAUAUAUACAAUGAUUUUGGAUAAUGAU